GUUUUGGCCACCUCGUUUCAGCGUUGCGGCUUCUGAGAUAUCAUAGAAGCAUCUUUCCAUGGCGUCAUAUCUGAAGAGCUGGCUGUAUGCACAGAAUCCAGAAGCGACAUCUUCAGAUAUUCCUUCUAUCGAGACAUCGCCUCCUGCUGUAGAGGAAGACGACGAUACCGAGACCGUCCACGGAGAGGACGAUGUACCACCGGCGUUUCCAGCAGUCAACAGCGCGCAGAGGGCAGCCUCGGGUUCCGGGACGCAAAUCGAGAGUGUUCCUCGGAUACUAACGGAUUCGCAACUCAUGCCCCCACCGCCCGCUCCUUCGCUUGCGGCUCGUCGACCUGGCGUGCCUGGGACGUCUUCCAUCGGAAAUUCACUCGCUGUCCCUUCUGCUCCCUCUUCGUCCUUGCUUCCGCCACCCACCACGACGAAACCGCCCCCCAAAGUAGCCAAGAGAGCGAAGGUUGCGCUCGCACCGGGCCAUGGCCCAUUGGACUGGGCCAACCUCAAGAAGUCAGGACAGGAUUUGAGGGGUACAGACACAUUACUCCGAGUGACGCCGUCCAUGCUCAAGGAACAUAGGACCCGAGAAGAUGCGUGGUCUGCGUUUAAUGGCAAGGUGUACAACAUCACGCACUACCUGCCAUAUCAUCCCGGAGGCGAGAAAGAACUCAUGCGAGUCGCCGGAAGGGACGGGACCAAGCUAUUUGCAUCGACCCAUGCAUGGGUGAACUUAGAUUACAUGUUAGAUGAAUGCCUUGUGGGCUUCAUGGUCUCUGACUGAACGGUAGUACCUACCGUAGCUGGGACACUGGCACUAGUAAUGGCACUUGUUGGAGCUUCGUAGGGGGUGAUUGCGUAUAGAUUAUCUCGAUGUCCGAGCCCCGUGUACAUACCAUUUCUUCUGAUGUGCCCCCUCGGAUAUCUGGGCACUUAAUCUAAUGCUAGACGGU